UUUCGUGCUUUAGCCCCAAUGUAUUACAGAGGGUCAGCAGCAGCCAUUAUAGUGUAUGACAUCACAAAAGAGGAAACUUUCUCAACGUUAAAGAACUGGGUUAAAGAGCUUCGACAGCACGGACCCCCGAACAUUGUAGUAGCAAUUGCAGGAAAUAAGUGUGAUCUUAAUGAUGUAAGAGAAGUCAUGGAAAAAGAUGCUAAAGACUAUGCAGAUUCUAUUCAUGCAAUAUUUGUAGAGACAAGUGCGAAAAAUGCAAUAAACAUCAAUGAACUCUUCAUAGAAAUUA